UAUUUUUAAAAAUUAAAAAGGGAACUGCUUGUGUUGAAGCCCUGGGAAGGGCCAGGAGAGACGGGUCUUGGAGCCCAUCCACAGGUGUGCCUGAUCCUGCAUGCGGUCUCUGAGAGAUUUCCAAGGAACCUAAAGUUCCUUAGAGCACAGCUUAAAAUCAAAGAUCUGUCCCAACAGAGAGUCGGUGACUUAUCCAAGGUCCCACACAACCAGCGUCAGAACCCAAGUCUUCUGACUCCCGGGCCAGGGCUCUGGACACUUCCUUUGCCAUGAGUGAGGACAGAGGGCAGCUCGUCAGCUUUCUAUCCCCUCCCCACUCCCUUACGUGGGUCUUAGGAAGAGGGCCAAGAAGCUGGUGUUGGUGAUGCUUUUCUUAUCCUGGAACAACUUCCUUUCUGGGAAACUGGGUGUCUCCUUCUGGGCAAAGACAAUAAAAUUCAUCCAAGGGGCCAAAAGAGCAGGGCUUCUUCUGUCGCCAAACGGAUGGGCAUCACGUGGCUCCAGGGUUAGCAGUCCUGGAAAAUCCCAGCCCUUGCCACUCUGCCUCCCACACCCAUCUACUCACUCACCCUCACACACUCAGCCUCCCGACCCACCUUGAACAUUCACCAUCGCACCCUGUUCACCCUCAGCUUCUGCCACCACUACCUGGGCAAUAUUACCAGCCUUUUCCUAAUCCCAGAGCUGCAGUCUUGCUUUGUCACCCGUCCCAGACCCACCAUGUCCCUGAGGCCACUGAAAUUCCAGGCAGUGGGUGAAGAAAACGAGGAGGAAGAGAGCCUGGAUUCUGUGAAGGCGCUGACGGCGAAGCUGCAGCUGCAAACACGGCGGCCCUCGUAUCUGGAGUGGACCGCCCAGGUCCAGAGCCAGACCUGGCGCAAGGCCCGAGCUGGGCCUGGGCCGGGGGAACCUGGGGCCAUCUGCGGCUUUGACUCAAUGGACUCUGCCCUUGAGUGGCUGCGCCGGGAGCUGCUGCAGCGGGAGAUGCAGGCUCAGGACCGGCAGCUGGCGGGGCAGCUGCUUCGCCUGCGGGCCCAGUUGCACCGGCUGAAGGUGGACCAAGCCUGUCAUCGGCACCAAGAGCUGCUGGACGAAGCUGAGCUGGAGCUGGAACUGGAGCCCGGGGCCGGCCUGGCCCUGGCCCCGCCGCUGCGGCACCUCGGCCUCACACGCAUGAACAUCAGCGCUCGACGCUUCACGCUCUGCUGAGGGGAACCUGCGUGCCUACUGAGCACCCGGUCUCUGCAGUCAUUUAUUCAGGCCAAGGUCGCUGUCUUCUGUUGCUGGGACCAGGGAUUCAUUAUAGAAGAGAAGGCCUGGGUUGGGGGUGGACACGGACUAAUGGAUCCUGAUCUCCCCCACAGCUCUAGCUCUAUCUAUCUUACCAAGAUCAGAACUGAGAAAAGCCGAAACUGGUUUGGCUCAGUGGAUAGAGCGUCGGCCUGCGGACUGAAAGGUCCCAGGUUCGAUUCCGGUCGGGGGCAUGUA